CCGCGGCCCGGCCCCGCCGAGCGGUGCGGGGCGGCCGGCGGAGCGGGCCCGGGCCUCGCCGCGCCUCGGGGCGGCCUAGCGAGCUCGGGCGCAGGGAGCCCCGGUAGGGGUAGGCCUGCCCGGCCGAGGAGUUCGCCUCGCUCCCGGCCCUAGAAAGCGCCUGGCGUGGGCCGGCCCCGGGAGGAGCCCGCCGCUCCGGGCCCCGGCGGCCGCCGGGAGGCGUUAGGGAAAGCUCCGUGCCCGGGCCGCGCCGUCCGUAGGGGCAUGUAGGUAGGUGUGCCUGCAGGAGCCGGCCGCUGUAGUUGUUGUCCAAGAAAAGAAAUGUGACAGCCUAUGCAAAAUUAUGUUCCCGCUGCGGUUUGUAUCUCCUUUCUGCCACUUGCCCGAGUCCUUAAAAUUCUCUUUGGCACGUUAGCAGGGCUGUUCAGGUACUUUGCACUUUGUUUCGUAAGUGAAUAAGUGCUUUUCUUUCUUUGUGUAUUGAGUUGCUAUUGAAUUGCUUCCCAUAUUUUUAUUUCAUACAAACUGAACAAUUGUGGCCCCUCUAUUUUAUUUAUAAAGGUUCAGUGUAUCUUUGCCUGCCUACAUCAAUCUGCAAGGGAGUUGCAGAAAAGCCUCAUGUUCAUCGAGCCGUGAGUCACAACCAAUUUUUAAAGCUGUUAUAACAAAAAAAAAAAAGUGUUUGCUUUUUUUCACAAGUAACUUUUAAAGUGUAGUUUAGAAAGAAAAAAAAAAAUAAAAAAACAUUUUCAGUAGACACAACAUUAUUCCUGGAUGCUUGCGAAUCCUAAACUAUAUUCAUACUUUAGUAUUACACAUACCUGUGUCAUAUACACAGAUGAGCUUUAAAAUUGUCACAUACCAUUACCACUUUGCCUUUACUUUUAUGUAUCAUUCCCCUGACUUCCUUACUGCAGGUGUGUGGGCAAGAAAACUUUUCCUUUAAAACUUUUCAACAGUGGGCAUAAAAUUCUGCAGCUGAGGUCUUGAAGAAUGCAGAUGGGAGAUGAAACCAGACAAAGGGUGAAGUUUACAGACGAUCGUGUUUGCAAGAGCCAUCUUCUGGAUUGCUGUCCUCAUGAUAUCCUGGCUGGAACACGAAUGGACCUGGGAGAAUGUACAAAGAUCCAUGACUUGGCACUGCGAGCAGAUUAUGAGAUUGCAAGUAAAGAGAGAGACCUGUUUUUUGAGCUGGAUGCAAUGGAUCACCUAGAAUCCUUCAUCGCAGAGUGUGACAGGAGAACAGAACUGGCCAAGAAACGCCUGGCUGAGACACAAGAAGAGAUCAGUGCUGAAGUGUCUGCAAAGGCAGAGAAAGUACAUGAGCUGAAUGAAGACAUUGGAAAACUCCUAGCUAAAGCUGAACAGCUGGGAGCUGAAGGAAAUGUUGAUGAGUCUCAAAAGAUCCUGAUGGAAGUGGAGAAAGUCCGAGCGAAAAAGAAAGAGGCAGAGGAAGAAUACAGAAAUUCAAUGCCUGCAUCCAGUUUCCAGCAGCAGAAGCUGCGUGUGUGUGAAGUCUGUUCAGCAUAUCUGGGUCUCCAUGACAACGACCGGCGUCUUGCUGACCACUUUGGAGGCAAAUUACACUUGGGUUUCAUUCAGAUUCGUGAGAAACUGGAUCAGCUGAGGAAAACGGUGGCAGAAAAGCAAGAGAAGAGAAACCAGGAUCGUUUGAGACGGAGAGAGGAGAGAGAACGAGAGGAGAGAAUGGGCAGACGGUCUGGAUCAAGAAAUAGAGAUCGUCGAAGAUCACGGUCUCGGGAUAGGAGGCGGAGACGCUCGAGAUCGGCUUCCCGUGAACGGCGGAAGUCUCGCUCCCGAUCCCGAGACCGACACAGACGCCACCGGAGCCGUUCCCGCAGCCACAGCAGAGGUCACCGACGGGGGUCCAGAGACAGGAGUUCAAAACACAAAUCUUCUAGAGAUCGAUCUUCAAGAGAAAAGUCACGAGACAGAGAGAGAAAAGAGAAGAGCUCUUCUGAGAGGCGGCACGAGAGCACAAAUGGCAAAUCUCGUUCCAAGAGAUCAGAAGAGAGAGAAGCUGGCGAGAUCUGAACUCAAACGAUCUGUGUUGCACUGUAAAUAGUCUGAUAAACAUUCUACACAAAGCCUAAAUUUCCCAUUUAUAUUUACUGAAUACAACUCAUCUUUUGUAGUUUGGAAUUUUUAUUGUUUGGCAGAUAGCUGUGAGUUUGUAGAGACACAGAGUUACGUACUCUUUAACAGGAUUUUGUUUUAGUAGAGGAAUAAAUAAAUCUGGACGGAUCGUUUUUCCAAUUCA